AUGUCACAAUCACCAACCGGUACUGAUGAUUAUGAUGAUUCCACCUUUGCCUAUUAUGUUCCUCUGAUUGUAUUGGGGACAAUCACAUCAACUCUAUCGAUAUUAGGCUCUGGCUGCAUCGUUUACAUGUCUUCCAGACCCAACCAAUUGAGAUACAUCAAGCAACGGUUGCUUCUGGCUCUCAGCAUCUCAGAUAUGCUGUCAUCUGCUUUCUGGAUGUUGAUGCCAUAUUUGGCUCCCAAGUGGGUUGGGACUCCUGGAGCAGUGGGGAAUCAUGCGUCCUGCACAGCAGGUGGCUUCUUCAUCUUGGUAUUCACCAAGGUGUCAUCAACCUACAAUGCCUAUCUGAGUAUCUGCUUCCUCUUGAUUGUACGCGGAAAUUGGAAAGAGCACGACUUUCGGAAACCAUUGGAAAUUGGGGCACAUGUGCUCGCUACAACGUUGCCAUUGAUUGUCGACAUUCCAGCUGCAGUAACUCAAUCCAUCAACCCAACUCCUCUUUUUGCAAACUUAUGCAUGUAUGGCCCUUAUCCUCUUGGAUGUGUCGAGGAAGAUGAAUGCGAGAGGUCAUCCAAGGCUACAUCGCUCAUCUUUGUGGCAGCUUCCGUUCCACUCUUUUGGAUCUGGACCAUUGUGGGGCUCAUCUGUACUGCCAUUGUAUGGUGGACGGCACGAAAGACCUUUCGACGAAACAAUCAAUACAAUUUUGAACAAUCCAAUAUUCGACAAUCUAUUGGACAAUCUAGCGACCGGACCAGUAUUGCCAGGAGUUCUGAAAGCAACAAUGAUAAAAUGGUCCGAGAAAUGGGGACUCAGGCAGCACUUUAUGAAAUGGCUUAUUUGAAUUCUUGUAUCUGGCCAUUGCUUAUGAUGAUCUUAUUUGGAUCCAUUUCAGAUGCAGAGCUUGCAGAGAGGAACUUGCAGCCAGGCUUCUACAUUUUGAAAUUAUUGACCAUGCUUUUCUAUCCCUCUCAGGGUGCUUGGAAUUUUUUUGUCUACACACGACCAAAAGUGCUGCACUGGAAAAAGGCACAGCCAGAUUACUCUACACAAGAAAUCUACAGGGCAGUCCUCUCCGGCAAGAUGCCGCCUAGUAGGAGCCGAUCAGGGAGAAAACCAAAGAGUGGUGAACAAGCUGUUGAUCCUAAUCAACCUACGAAUCGCAAUGGCGAGGAGUCGACGGAAGAAGAUGAAGAAAAGACCAAUCGAGAGGUAGUUGAGACUCGACAAUCAUCGGUUCCGAUUUUUUUACGCUCCUGAGAAAUGGAGAAUCGUCAACAGUCCGAAAGGUUCUCUCCGUUGUGCCUUGCAUGGCAUAGCGUGACGACAAUGCAUGCAUCGGAUUACAUGCUUGAAGAGGAAUCCUUGGAUAAUUUGGGCUAUCGAAUUGACAACCAACUCAUGCUCCCGCUUGGAUUCUCGAGUCGAGUCAAGGGUGGGCUGGAAUUAUUUGCGAAAACAAGAGAAGGAGCCAUUGAACAUUCUCGGAGAAGGAGCGCAGAG